AUGUUUUCUUCACUUCUCAAUAAAGCUAGCACUUGGCCUAACUUUGACAUCAAUGCCACUACAAAUGAUGAUAAUGAAGGACGCACGUUAGUACAUCUUAUUACUGAACAAGGUUUGUCUCCUACUGCAGUUGAUAAGAAUGGCCUCACUGCUUUACAUUAUGCCUCAAUGUCUCUUAACUUAUCUCUCGUUAAAGAAUUGAUAACUACCUAUCAGUUAGAUCCUCAUCAAGCUGACAGUAAUGGUAAGCUACCAAUUCAUUAUGCUGCUGUAUUUGGUGAUAUUUUACUACUGGAAUUAUACGUGAAGGAUUACAAGUGUAGUCUGAGCCUAACAGAUAACGAAGGUUCGAAUGUUACUCACUUUUCAUCAUUUAAUGGUCACACUCACUUUAUCAAACAUCUGGUAGAGAAUCAUCAGUUAGAUCUGUGUGCUGUGAAUAAAAAAGGAAUGGCUCCUAUUCACUGUGCAUGUAGUAAUGGAAGAUUGAACUUGAUCCAGUACAUUGUAGAACACAUACCAUCAUCACUUGAACUACCAGUCAGAGGAUGUGGUCAUACCCCAUUCCUUACUGCAGUGUACUUCAAUCAGUUAGAAUUUAUUAAAUAUCUUAUUAGUAAGAAGUGUAAUCUAUCAGCUACUGAUGAUAAUGGGUCUGGAGCAGUUCACAUAUCAGUAGGGAGGGGUCACUUGAAUGUAUUGAAGUAUCUCAUUGAUAAUAAUUAUUGUAAUCCUAAUGCAACUGAUCAUCAAGGCUGUACACCACUGCAUGAUGCUGUUGUACAUGGACGGUUUGAAAUAUUAGAAUAUUUAUUGGAAAUAAAACCAAGGUUACUUAUUAAUGCACAAAAUAAAAAUGGUGGCACACCAUUACACUUUGCUUGUAUAAGAGGACAACAGAAGAUGGUAUCACUUCUAACAAGCUCUACUAAUAUCAAUCUACUAAUUACUAACAAGAAAGGACAGACACCACUACACAUAGCAGUUGCCUCUGGUCAAAAAGAUAUCGCUGAAGUUUUACUGUCUUCAGUUACUGGUAGUUCUACUCAUCAUGAUCUCCUUACAGCUACUGAUAAUGAAGGAUCCACUGUAUUUCAUGCAGCUUGCAGUAAAUGCCAUAUUGAUGUGUUUCUUUACUUGUGUAGUAUUCAUCUUGAUAGUAUUAAUACUUUGGAUAGUAGAAAGCGCACUAUACUUCAUGCAGCAUGUGAGGGUGGGAAUAUGGAAUUAGUACAACUUGUAAUUGACAAUUCUGGACUAGACCCUAAAGCAAGAGAUAAGGAUGGCAUUACUUGCAUGCACAUAUUGGCAGAAAGAGGCAAUAUUACAAUAUAUCAGUACAUAAAGGAUGAAGUAGCUUCUAACUACAUCCCUUGUGAUGAUAAUGGUCGUACUCCUCUUCAUUAUGCAUGUCUCUUCAAUCGUAUUAAGAUGGCACUGUAUCUCAUUAAUAGUUGUCAUUAUAAUCCUGAUGAUCCUGAUAAUAAUGGAUACACUUCAGUUCAUGGAGCAUGUGAAGCUGGUAACUUAGAAUUAGUUAUACAAUUUCUCACAGAACUUGGUUGUAAUGCACUAGCUGAAACUCGUGACAAGAAAACUCUACUUUAUUUUGCUAGUAAGAGUUCUAAUUUAGAGCUUGUUCGGUUUUUAGUUGACGUAUUCAGUUUAAAACCUCGUCCACAUGAUAUUGAUAUAGCUCAAUCAGUUAAUCCUGAUUCAUCAGUAGUUAAAUAUCUUCAAAAGAUUAACGAUGAUAUGAUAUUUGAUAUGAUGAAGGAAGAAAAAAGAAUGAAGGAAACUUACCAUGAGAAACUUGAACAACAACAGACCGACGCACAAAAAAAAGACAUAUCUUAAGCACUCAUUAUGUAUCAUCAUUACAUAUAUUGCACCACUUUGCCACCCUUACCAUUGUUCACCACUGUAGUACCUGUACCAUCAUCGCCAUUACAAUGGUUACCAAUAUCAUUAUACCAAUCCUAUGUAUAUCUUAUCACAAUCAAUAUUACCAUCUUGCCAUCGUAUUAACCCAUCAUCAUUACCUAUUCUACCACCUUGACACUAUCUAACUAACAUACACCACUUUAGUACCAUCAUCACCAUUACAUCAUAUACCCACAAUGGUUACCAAUGUUACCAAUCCUAUACAAUAUCAUAUCUUAAACACCAUCUUACCAUUACACCUAUCACACCUUAUCACCACCUUAUCACCAUCCCACCACCUUACAUACCAUUGUAUCACCAUUCUACUAUUACACCAUACACCAAUGGCUACCAAUAUCACCUAUACAAUACUUGUGUAAUAUCUUAACUUGUAUCACCAUUAAUCUUAACACCUUUAUACUAAGUUUGACAUUUAACCACCAUUGUCAUCUUAUCAUUACCAUGUACACCAAA